UAUGAACAUAAAUCGCGACCUUAGCCCUUAACAUAAUAUUAUCGCAUUGAUAAGAUUAUACCAAAGCAGGUCUCUGAGCGUCGAAGAGCCCUCCGAGUCGCUUUUAGCCCAGGCUAGGAUCCACCACAUGAUUUAACCCAAAUAUAUUAUUAUUAGAGUGUGUAGUAUAUAAUUAACAUGCCGUCGACUCUGGCGGAAAACUUUGCGACGAUGCGUCCGUCUUUAUCACUGGAUUGAAUUAUUGUGUUGCGUCAAGACCUUCUUUCACUUCUCUGAAAUGGGCUGCGGGUCAUCAACAGACACCGGGCGGCUUGGGGCUGCCACACCUGCACCGGAAGCCAAGCCCAGGGAUGAGAAUCUUCUGGUCAGCAUCCAGGAAAACGUUUCGCUGGAUGACCUGCCUGACUGUAUUUCGGACCUGCACCAUGGCAUGCCGGGCACCAUCAAGCAUGCGGCCAUGCGGCUGCUGAAGAUCUCAGCCGUGCUCAACUGGCCCACCAUAAAGGUGUUUGAGGAAGUGAACAAGUCCGAGUGCUUCAGUGUGCCCUACUCAGAAGUCAGCGGCGACAUCUGGAACCAAACGGCAGUGCUGAGCUGGCGUUGGAAUAAAAGCAAGCCUGCCAGUAUGCAGCCUGGCUUCACACCCAUGUCACCAACACAGUUCCGGGAGCUUGUUGAGGUGUUGCAACGGGCUCAAGCGAUUGGGAUGCAGUAUGUCUGGAUCGACUGGAGCUGUGUGCCGCAGUACAGUACUUCCCCUAUGGUGGAGGUCAUGCGCAGUAAGGUCUUCUAUGCACGUGCACGCACCAUGAUUAUUGUACCCACCUUCAACCAGUUGCCUGGGGAUGGUGUUGUGCGAUUACUGCUCGUCAAGGCGGCCAGGUCGCUAAAACGCCGCGGUGCUCAAUCAAGCAUAUGUGAACUGGCGGCGUCAACGGUGAACACCAUCCUAGAACGGGAGCUGGUGGCGGGCCGGGAGUACUUCAGCCGUGUAUGGACGCUUGCAGAGCGCAUGGCCCGCUACGGCCGAAAGGAGCAGCUGCGCAACUGGCUGACACUGGACGCAUGGCUGGGCAUGAUAGUAGACGCCAUGAUCACAAGCACUGAAGACAAAUCAGCCUCACGGAUCUACGCAAAGCUUCUUGGGAGGGAGGCCGCGGAGCUUCUGGAUCGCAUUUUGGAGCCCCUUGCAGCUGCAGUGAGGACUGCAAGCAUGCUUGUUUCUGAGGGCCUGGAGGACUCGGUUGCACAGCUAUUCGAGAUGGCUGCCACAAUGUGGCAAUCAGACAGCGUUCUGGCGGAAGCUCCCACCAAGUCUUGGCUCAUGACCUACAUGGAGGAGACUCACCAGGGCAUCUACCAGGCCUGGAAUGAGGGUGACCGUGUCUGGGCGGUGUACAGCUACUUCUGCUGGAACCAGGUGGACCAAAGCAGCCAGCAGGGACUGUUGGAGGCGCUGAAGAACCUGGCCCAGGUUGCAGGUGCAGGACGGAAGAGUCUGGUGGCCCUAGCAGGGAAGCUCAAUCUGACAGCCCUGCUGCAGGUGGACGAGGCGGAUGAGAAGCUCCUGAAUGCGGUGGAGGAGGGGCAGCUGGAGCAGGUGCAGGAGCUGUUGGAGGCGGGCGCAAACCCGUUGAUCAAGAGACCGGAUGGAUCCACAUCAGUGCACCUGGCUGCGGCCAAGGGCCAUGCAGGUAUCAUCCCGCUGCUGGCGAAGGCAGGGGUCGGUGUCAACACAAAGAGAGAGGGAGGUGCUACUCCUCUUACGGUAGCCGCUAUGAACGGACACACGGAGGCGAUACGUGCACUGCUAGCGGCCGGCGCUGACAAGGAGCUAGGGUUCACGGAUAAAGCAACGCCGCUGUACAUUGCGGCUGAGAAGGGCCAUGUGGAGGCGCUGCGAGCCCUCAUGCAGGCCGGGGCGCAGGCUGAUGUGGUCAUCAAUACCGGGUACACGCCACUGUUGAUUGCUUCAUUGCACGGCUUUGCCGAAGUCGUGCGGAUCUUGCUACAGGCAGGCGUGAAAAAGGACAGGACCUUGCAGGACGGCGCUAAUGCGCUGUACCUGGCCGCGGAGAAACGCCACAUGGACACAGUCAAAGAGCUGCUCAAAGCCCGGGUCAGCACGGAGGCUUGCCUGCAGAGCGGGGCAACCCCGCUGUACAUCGCCUCCCAGAACGGGGAUGUGGAAAUGGUGGAGGUCCUCCUGGGAGGCGGCGCGAACAAGAAUGCUGCGCGGAAGGACAAAUCCAACCCGCUGUACAUUGCUUCCGAACGAGGUCAUCUGGCGGUGGUAAAGGCGCUGCUGGAGAGGGAAGCUGAUGUGCACCACAAGUUCCAGUCGGGGGCCACACCGCUCUUCAUCGCCGCACAAAAUGGCCACACCGAGACCGUGCUGGCCUUGCUAGAGGCGGGCGCUGAUAAGAACUUCAAGAUUGAAGGGGGCGACAGCACGCCGCUGCUCACCGCCGCCAAGGGGGGUCACGUGGGUGUGGUGGAUGCGCUCCUUGCAAAGGGUGCCAACAAGGACGUACAAAUGAAGGACGGCUCCACGCCGCUGUUGGUGGCCGCCUCGCUGGGGCACCUGCCGGUGGUGCAGUCGCUGCUGGGCGGCCAGGCCAAGACGGAGCUCAUGAAGGAGGGGGGCGUCACCCCGCUCAUCGUCGCAACCGACAACGGCCAUGUGGACAUCGUGAAAGCACUGCUGGGGGUGGGAGCCAGUAUCAGCAGCGCCAGGCAGUCGGACGGCUACUCGCCGCUGCACAUUGCCUGCUCCAAGGGGUUUGUGGAGAUCGUGAGGGAUGUGCUGGAUAAGGGCGCGGAGAAGGACGCCGCGCUGAAGGACGGCACCACUCCGCUGCACCUGGCCGCAAGCAACGGCUUCCUGGAGGUGGCGCAGGUGCUGGUGCGGGCGGGAGCGCGCAAGACUGCCACCAACAGCUUGGGGCAAAAGCCCAUCGAUGUGGCCAAGGCCGGGACCGGCAUUGCCGAGCUGCUGUCCCGAGACUAGCUAGCAGGCUCUCGGCCCUGAGGCAAGAGAAGGAGCCGCCACUCUGCUUGAGACGCAUCACUCUUCGACCUUCCUUUUAGGUUAGGGUCUAUGUUGAUUGUGGUCGCAUGCAUGGACGAGUGUCCGCACGCAUGCCGGCAUUGUUCGGGGGAACCCGAACGUACGACGUAUGUGGUCCAUGACGUUUGUUGUGUUUGGAUGGUGCAGUGAUGACGAAGGGACAUGCAUGCUCACAUUAACAUUGCUGUUAGUUGGAGUUCCUAAUUAAUUUCUACAGGACGACGUGUGCACUGUCUUUGCAAAUUGCUUGCUUACACUUGCUUUGGUUUGGUACUUAGCGGCUGCUCCUUGCUAGGAUGCGAAGUGCCGCUGAGGGAGGCAGCGAUUGCCUGACAAGGACCUUACACUGCAGACCCUACUUUAGGUUGCUGGUCGACCCUUGCUUGCAUCAAGUAUUGCGUGCUUGAGAUAGAAGUGCAGGCGCUGGGUGUCCAAAAGGAUGCAAGUGUGUAUAUGACAAUAUGAGCAUUCGUGUCAGGGAGGCGGACAGGGUAGGUUACAUACACGUGGGUUAUGUUGCAGGGGUGCUAGGGGUGCUGUAACGACGGCGUUAAAAGAGAGACAAGGUCUAUCUGCAGGUGUUUUCGUAUAGCGCGGUGCACGGUUUUGUGUUACAAUAUGUGGAUGUUGUCAGCCUGGGUUCCCGAAAGGAGCAUUAUGAUUCCUGGGUUAGUUUACGUGUGUUUCCUGCUGUUGGGUGUUGUGGGUUAUGUGUGCUGUCGGGCCCUCCUCACAACUCGUGGAUUUCACCUACCAUCCUUCCUUGCUUGUCAGCUGUAACUGUAGCUGUAAGGAGAUGCCUGAGCAUGUUGUGCCU